GUACAUUGGCAGCAAAAGAAGUAUCAAUAUCGAUCAGCUAUAGAGAGCUUCUCAAGCUCUCUUAUGCAUAUAAUAUACAUAGUAGUACUAACUAGAGCUAUAUUAUUAUUACAGUGCUAAUUAAUUUGUAAGGUACAUCAUCAUCAUCAAAUAUGGGAGAUAAUAGUAUUAUUGGGUCACAAGGGGGGAAGAUUAGUGAGGCUCUGACGAAGACGAAGCCAUAUUUGGCAAUGGUUUCUCUGCAGUUUGGGUACGCAGGGAUGUAUAUUAUUAGCAUGGUCUCCUUCAAGCAUGGCAUGAGUCACUUCGUCUUGUCUGUAUACCGUCACGUUGUUGCCUUUGCAAUCAUAGCUCCCUUUGCCUUUGUUCUUGAAAGGAAAAUAAGGCCAAAGAUGACUCUCCCGGUCUUCCUACGCAUAGUGCUGCUUGGUUUCUUAGAGCCAGUGUUUGAUCAAAACUUGUACAAUUUGGGAAUGAAGUACACCUCUGCAACAUUCGGAUCCGCUAUUGUCAACAUUUUACCUGCUAUAACCUUCAUUAUGGCUCUCGCCUUCAGGUUAGAGACGGUGAAUGUAAGAAAGUGGCAUAGCCUUGCAAAGGUGAUAGGAACAGUAAUUACAGUGUCAGGAGCAAUGGUGAUGACUCUGUACAAAGGUCCCAUCCUUGACAUCAUCCAUAGCAGCCAUGAUCAUUCCGGUCAGAAAAGUUCCACCGCCGAGUCCUCCGACCACCACUGGGUCACCGGAACCCUCAUGCUGGUUGGGAGUUGCGGUGGUUGGGCCAGCUUCUUCAUUUUACAAUCAUUCACGUUGAAGAAAUAUCCGGCGGAGCUAUCUCUCACAGCGUGGAUAUGCUUGAUGGGUGUGUUGGAAGGUGGGAUAGUCACUUUUGUGUUCGAACAUGACAUGCAUGUUUGGGUUCUGGGCUGGGAUUCCAGGCUUCUUGCUGCUGUCUACUCUGGUGUUGUGUGCUCUGGAAUGGCAUAUUAUGUGCAAGGAAUGGUGAUCAGAGAACGAGGCCCCGUUUUUGUGACAUCUUUCAGUCCUUUAUGCAUGAUCAUCACCUUCGCCCUUGGUGCUAUUGUCUUGGCUGAACAAGUCCACCUUGGAAGUAUAAUUGGUGCCAUAUUCAUAGUCAUCGGACUCUACACUGUGGUUUGGGGCAAAAGCAAAGAUCCAAUAGAAUCAUCAGCACCGUCCAAAAAUAUUGAUCAAUUGCCAGUCACAGACACCAUUAAACCAAUUAGUGUUGUUAGUGUUACUUCUAACAAUGGAGGACGACCACUAGAGAUGUCCAAGAUUUCUACGUCUUCUCACCUCAGUUCAUAAAUAUAUAUCUAGUUAAAGGGAAAAGGAUUACGUACGUACAUCUCCUAGACGAGAUCGUAAUCUGAAGAAAUAUGGAACUUUGCUUCUUGAUUGAUUCCUCUUUUUUGAGCUUUUUUUUUCGUUCUUCCCCUUAAAUGUAACUUGAGAGUAAUUACGAGUUACAGUUAUAAUAUUGGCUUGGCUA